AUGCGGUUGGCGACGGAGGCGGGCGCGGACGGGGGCGCGGACGGGGGCGCGGGCGGGGGCGCGGCGGCGCGCGUGGUGUGGGGGCGCGCGUGCGUGCGGGCGCGCGUGUGGGAGGACUGGGUGUGGUGCGCCGCGCCCCGCGCGCUGCUGCGCCUGCACAAGCGGGGGCGCGCCGCCGCCCGGCCCGCGCGCGCGCCGCCCGCCGCGCCGCUCACGGCGCUGGUGCUGCUGCACGCGGCGCUGCAGGGCGCGGCGGCCGCGGACCCGUGCGCCGGCGCCUGCCACGCCACGGCGCUGUGCGUGCGCAGCGCGGCGCCGCGCGGCACGGCCUGUCUGUGCCCGGACGGACUGGUGCCCGCCGACGACACCGCUGACCACGAGCAGCGCAAGUGUGUGAUCCCGCGCGGCGGAGCGGCCGGAGCUGAGAUCGGCCCGGGCGAUGCGGGCGAUGUGGGCGAUGCAGGCGAUGUGGGCGACGCGGGCGAUGUGGGCAACGCGGGCGAUGUGGGUGACGCGGGCGUCGCGUGCACGCUGUCGUGCGGCGCGGGGCAGUGCGUAGUGACGGGCGGCAGGGCGCGCUGCCGCUGCCCGGCGCUGUACGCGGGCGCGCGCUGCCAGCAUUACCGCUGCGCGCAGCACUGCCACCGCCGCGGCCGCUGCCAGCUCGACGACGCCGCGCCCGUACACCCCGACGCGCCGCCUCCACUCAAGUGCGUGUGCCAGCCGGGGUACGAGGGCGCGCGCUGCGAGCUGCAGGCGGGCGGCGGGGCCGGGGAGGGCGGCGCUGGCGGCGGGGCCGGGGAGGGCGGCGCGGGCGGCGGGACCGGGGAGGGCGCCGCGUGUGCGACGCUGACGUGUGAGAACCAAGGCUCGUGCGUGGAGCGCGACGGGCGCGCGUCAUGCGCGUGCGCGCCGGAGUACACGGGCGCGCGCUGCGAGCGCUGCGUGUCGGGCCCGGACUGCGGGCCGGGCGACGUGUGCGUGCGGGCCGCGGGGGGCGCGCACUGCCGCAUCGACAUCUGCCGCUCCUUCUGCCUCAAUCAGGGCUCGUGCCGCGUGUCGGCGACGGGCGCGGCGUCGUGCGCGUGCACGGCGGCGUGGAGCGGCGAGCGCUGCCAGCGGCCGGCCUGCGUGGACGCGGCGUGCACGGCGGAGCGCGCGGACGCGGCGCGGGAGGAGCAGGGGCGCAACACUACGGAGGCAGAGUGCGGCUGCGAGCAGGGCGGGCACUGCGUGCGCGCCGGCGGGCGCCGCGCCUGCGUCUGCGCCGGGCCCUGGGGCGGCGCGCGCUGCACGCUCUACGUCGGCCACGACCACGCCUGCGCCGCGCGCGCCUGCCCGCCGCCCGCGCUCUGUGUCUGGGGGCCCGACCUGGGGCCCGCCACGCCCGGGCCCACCUACUGCGCCUGCCUCGAAGGCGCCAGCUGCACGGCGCCCCACGCACUCACGCCGGCGCCCGUGGACACUGGCGCGCCGCCCCCGCCGCCGGGCGCGGGCGGCGCGUGGGCCGGCGGCGCGCUGGCGCUGCUGGUGCUGGUGGCGGCGGUGCUGGGCGCGCUGUACGCGCUGCGCCGGCGCCGGCGCGGGGCCUUCGUGCACGCGCGCCUGGCGGACAACGUGGAGAUCAACAACCCCAUGUACCUGGCGGGCGAGGACGAGCUCGAGCCGCACCACGCGCACAACAACGGCGGCAACCACUUCGCGAACCCGGUGUACGACACCAUGUACGCCGCGCCGCACGCCGCGCCCGCUGAGAAAUAG